AUGGAGUCCACUGAACACAGCCAUGCUUCAUGGCGUAUGGUGAGCGAUGCAAACUUACAACGUGUUUGUGGAACAACUGCAAUACUCUAUGCGAUGAAAAGGGCCGUAUUUUAUGCUUUUAGGUACUUUGCUGCUGACCUGAAUGCGGAUCCAAAAAUUUUCUUGCAAUCUGCUGUCAUCUCGCUCACUCCCAAUGAAAGCAACGCAUCGAUUAUGCAUCUUCGCUAUUACGCUCAAAAGGAAGCCGACAGUGAAUGCGUAGGUCCCGGUGAAGGCGAAGCAGUUCUCCUAGACAAUGCCACUCUGGACGUCACCAUUGAGUACCGUUAUACGCUUGUGCCAAAAUUUCGAAACACCAUGAAAUUCAGCUACCAGGUGCUCUACGUAGAUAAUCAGCGUGCCAUCCUUUAUUGGUGUUAUCGGCGUGCAUCAAAUGGUACUUGUAUUCAGCACGAUGUUAACUUCAUGAUCAGAGCUCGUCACAUCUCACAUAACGACUUAUCUCUGAUAUUGCCGUAUCUUGAAAAAGUUUGUAUUGAGAAGGAUAACUUGCGUUGGUUUGAUUUACAUGUCAGCUACCAGGUGCUCUACGUAGAUAAUCAGCGUGCCAUCCUUUAUUGGUGUUAUCGGCGUGCAUCAAAUGGUACUUGUAUUCAGCACGAUGUUAACUUCAUGAUCAGAGCUCGUCACAUCUCACAUAACGACUUAUCUCUGAUUCUGCCGUAUCUUGAAAAAGUUUGUAUUGAGAAGGAUAACUUGCGUUGGUUUGAUUUACACGCUCAAUGUGGUAGCGAAAUGUCGGCUUCCACUCAACUACGCCGUGAUUUGGUCACACUUUCGCACUACGACGUGCUUCACAUUCUUACGAAUGUUCAGGAGCCGAAAUGCUUGGCUCACGAAGUUAAAGGCGUACGUGCUGAUCUUGCGGCCCUUACUAACCGGCUAAGCUCCUCCUCCGUACUUGUCCUUCAAAUCAUCUGGAGUGGACGUUAUUGA